AUGACUCCCUUGAGUCACACCCGAUGUGAUAGGGAAAGAGUCCGACUUAGUUUCGCCAAUGCGUGCGAAAGUGCUACGUUCCGUAAGAUACGAAAGCACCCAGCUCGUCAGCCAGGAGCCGCAGGAUACGGAGUUGGGAGCGGCCAUGAUGGGUUGCACAAUUGGGUGGCACGAAAAAGGGAUGGAGACUGUGAAAAGUCGAUGACCGGAGAUGGGGUCAUGAACCAAACAGUUUUAAGUUACCAGAUUGUGAGCAGAAGGAGGAAAAUCAGGACCCCGUUGUUCCACCGUGGUGUCGCUAUUCCGACCGCUGUAUCUACGAUACGGCCCCAGUUCCCGGGGAGUCCUUGUGUCGUCCUAGAACCCCUUCGCCGGGUAGAUUCCGGCACCGUUAAUCGCCGAAGACCGAUCCGUCAACAUAUCGGUAGUCUAGGACGCGCAGCUGGAUCGUCAACUAUCCGCCGACGAACCCUUGGUGCCACCCACGACGCUGAACGUGACCAGACGUGGUCGAAGCCAUCCGUAGAGACAGAGAGAGCAGGAACGUGGAGAAGGAGAGGAAGUGGUUGUGGAGUGAAGGAAGGGGCCCCGCAUUGUAAGGUUAGCUAGUGGAUAAGGA